CAGACGCGCAAGGAGGAAGCGGCGGUUCCUCAGCGCUCUAGCUGCUGCUGGACCAGCAAGAACAGCUUUGAACCAGUUUGUCACCGACAACAAAGCAGUAAAAAGGAAAAAGCCAGCGCACAAUGAGCACUAUUGUGCGAUAUUGAACGGCUCCGUCUUCGCACGCAUAUCGUAAAUAGCUCAUCAUAAGGCAAAACAUCCGUGGCUGAUAUUUCGUAAAAAUUGUGUCAGAGAGAGAUUUUUCUAUACAUGAAAAGUUUCCGCACAGUGCGCAGCUCCGCAGGCGCUUCCGCUGCUGUAGAUGCUAAGGAAUUUCUCCUCAGGAAAAGCUGUAACAGAUCUCAGAGGGCCCCAAUAACAUCGGCACCAUGACUUCAUCCACCAAAGUCCUGGAUGGAGGCUGGGGAUGGGCAAUUGUCGCUGCAUCCUUCAUGGCCCAGCUCCUGGCCUAUGGAUCACCCCAGUCCGUGGGCGUCCUGUACCCGGAGUGGCUGCACACCUACCAGGAGGGCAAGGGCAUGACAGCCUGGGUGGGCUCUCUGGUGGCAGGAGUGGGAUUAAUAGCCAGUCCCAUCUGCAGUGCCUGCGUAGACAACUUUGGAGCACGUCCUGUGACCAUUUUCAGUGGUGUUAUGGUGGCAGGCGGCCUGAUGCUCAGUGCCUUUGCUCCAAACAUCCAGUUCCUCAUAUUUUCCUAUGGAAUUGUUGUUGGCCUGGGUUGUGGUCUUGUCUACGCAGCCACCUUGACAAUCACCUGUCAGUAUUUUGACAAGAGACGCGGCCUCGCCCUUGGCAUUGUCACCACAGGCACCAGCGUUGGGGCGUUCAUCUAUGCCACCGCUCAAAAUGAGCUAAUUGUUCUCUAUGGCCUGAAUGGCUGUUUGCUCAUCAUCGGAGCCAUUGCACUAAAUCUCAUGGCGUGCUCUGGUUUCAUGAGGCCACUCAACAUGCCAGGGUACUACCUCAAACAGAAGGCCGCCCUUGAAAGAGACACAGAGGAACAGCUCUUCGUGAAGUCACCGUUCAAUGACCUCAAGAUUGCGGUGGGUUCUGCAACAACCACUCCAGAGAAAUCUCUCACCGUGAAAGAGUUGCUCAUCACCAUUGAUUCCAAGGACUUGUCCAUUCAGACGGAGAAGAAAGAGGGUCCCCUAGCUUGGUUAGCCAUCAUGAAAGCAAUCAAGAAAAAGCAGAAGGCUUACACUAAGUACAUGCAGUCGUUGUACGAGAUCUUGCAGGACCAAGAAAUGGUGGCUUUCUGCAUUGCCAUCUUCCUGUUCAGCUUGGGCGCAUUUCCACCAGUCCUCUUUAUCGAGGACGUGGCACAGAGUGAAGGACUCAUUGAAGAAGUUAGCGUCAUUCCUCUUGUAUCAAUUGGAGCUAUUGCCACUUGCAUAGGCAAACUAGCGCUGGGCAUCCUGGUGGACGUCAAAUGGAUCAACGGCAUCUAUUUAUACGCCUUCACGAUGUUUGCAGGGGGUUUGGCACUGCUCCUUAUCCCCAUCACCAAAAGUUACAUUGGACUGCAGAUCCUGACUGCCAUCCUUGGUUUCUUCUCUGGAAACUGGUCGCUCACUUCUUACAUCACCACUAAGAUUGUUGGCUUAGACAGACUGACACAAGCCCACGGCAUUCUGAUGUUCUUCGGGGGUUUUGGGAUCAUGCUUGGACCCCCUGUUGUAGGGUGGUUUUUCGACUGGACGCAGUCAUACGACUUGGCAUUUUACUUCAGUGGGAGCUGCGUGUUGUUGGGAGCAUUUAUUCUCUUUCUUCUCAGUCUGCCCUGCUGGAACAGGAGGCCCUCUGAGAAUGACAAACCCGAAGUCCAAUACACCUUCACCUGUGAAAAAGUUGCCUCAGUAGCCUAAAUUUAAGCACGUUUCAUGAAGAUCACAGCACCUGCUGCUCACUGACUGUUUCUAUGCCCAAACAAACUCCUGGAGACAAAGUUUUUUUCUCUGAAUAUGCUGGGGUUCUUCUUUUUUUCUGCUGCAAAAUUUCAAUAUACCAGGUUCUCAGGUUCAACCCACUUACAACAGAUAUUUUUGAAGUAUUGACUCUAAAGCCUGUUAUGAAAAUGUGUCUUAUUACCUCAUUUUACGAGGUUAACAGAACAAUGUUGGUAAAAAUCGAAAAUUUCCUGAAGACCACGAAGUGUAACAGUAAAAUUUUGUGUCAAAACGCACAUAUGAUCACCUUUUUUUUUGAAGUAGAUGAUAAUUUAUAAUACGUAGGUUGGAAUCUUUUUUUGAUACUCAUGAAGAGUAAAAUUUGUUGGUAUUUUGGUCUGUGUAAGCAAUUGUUCCACUCGGUAUGUAACCAAAGGAUCCAUGCUAGCCAAUGCCUGUCAUCACAUAAUGCCUGUUAAAUCAACGAAUAGGCCUUGCUUUGUCAUGAGGCCUUUAGGUGCGUCAAAUUUGUUUGAAAUGUUUUACAAUAAUUUAAGCUCAGUUUACCUCUUGUUUCUGGAUCAGACAGAUAAUUCUAAAACAUGUAGAAACAGUGGGUGGGGUGGAUUUUGCUGUAUGUACGACAAUUUUCCAACAUGCUGAUUCUCUGUGCUGUAUGUGCUUAUCAUGAGACCUCACAGACAUUCACCUGGACUUCCCUGGUCCUUUUCCAUCACUCUCUCUCUGUUUAUGUAUGUUUGUUUUGUGUGCAUUCCUGGACACACAUGUUCACCUAAUUGUUAUAUCUUUGUAUUAGACCUAGUUUGUAAAGCCCUAUGUGCUAGUGACUUUUAUAUGCACAAAACUGGCCAUAGAGCUGUUAAAACUUGUUAUCAAUGUGGUUAUUUUAAAUGUAACUCAAUGCUGUUAAGUAAACCACUACAGAUGUUUUUGGUGACUCCAGUUUCAGGUCUGAGAUUGAAUUUGGGAUUUUAGUGUUUAGCAUUAUUUUGUUAGAAGGUGCAGAUAAGAUACUGUAGCCAUUUGACUGUAUGUUGUAGCCUCUCAUUUUUGUAUUUCAUCAUUGUAAUAUUUAUGCCAGUUCUUUUGUUUUAUUUAAAAUGUGCCAAUAAAGACAUUUUUAUUGGUACAAGUGUG